AUGGACAGCGACAAUCUAUUUGGUGGAGAUCUGAGUGACAGCAGUUGUGAUGAAGAAGAGGAAUUCGAGCGUACAAAUGAAAUCGCACAACAUCCAGUGGUCAAAGAUGAGAAACCCGACAUCUCGCAGUCCAAGGUGUCUCAUGCUUUGUAUGAUGAGGAGUCCUCAAACGGCGGUACAUCAAUCUUACAUGGUCUGGAUGACUCUCAAGCUCCAAGUGCGGUCGGAGCUAAUAAAAGAAAGAAAGAAAAAGACGUGCGGCUUAUCAGUGAUAUGUCACCACCUGAAAAGUCGUCUUCUGCUCCAGAAAAGGUUCCUGCUCUUGCUUCUAAAGGUGAACAGGAAGAGGAUGAUGCUCUUCCUAUCAAGCCACUGAAUGAAGAGGACGAGUUACUGCGACUUAAGAUGCAAAUCCUUAUAUCUAAUUUUUCUCAAGAGCAACUCAAUAGGUACGAGAUGUAUAGGAGAUCGUCCUUUCCAAAAUCCAUUAUUCGGCGUCUUAUCCACCAAUUUACUGGUGUCAAUGCAGGCCAGAAUGUUGUUAUUGCAGUUGCAGGACUUGCUAAGGUAUUUGCCUGCGAGCUGGUGGAAGAGGCAUUGGAUAUUCAGGCAAAAAUGGUUACAUCUGAAGAGCCUCUCAAGCCGCAUCAUCUCCGUCUCGCUUACUACUCACUUGAACGGCAAGGAAAAAUCUUUCCACAAAACAGUCAGCGACGGAAUCCUUUUAUUUGA